AUGUCAAAAUAUUUUUUAUUAUCAUUUGGAUUUAUUUCAUUCUUAUUUCUUGCGUCAUUUAUUUCAUGUUCUCCAACAUAUCUUCCAAAUGGAAUAUCAUAUUAUUCAAAUGAUCGAUAUUCUGAUAUGAUUGAUAGCGAUGAAGACAAUAUAGGAAUUAUAUCACCAAAAUUUCUAUCAUUUAUUCGACAUGAACGUUCACCAUUAUAUUAUCCACGUACAAAUCGUAAUGCAUGGUUUCGUGUAUCAACUUAUCAACAUUUCAAACCAUCGAAAGCUGAAGAAAUACAUAAUGGUGAUCAUGUUUUGCGAUGGGGACGAUAA